UAGUUCCAGACCUACCGCAGCAGUGCUCAUAGAUAGUGUGAGUGAAAAAGAGCGGGAGUUGGAGAUUGAGAGGAUGGGUAAAGGAGCGUAAGGGGGUAACACACACAAUCGAGAGAGGGAGUGAAAGAGGGGGCAGAGAGAUAGAGAGAGAGAACUGCGAUAUCCACCAACCCUCCCAGGCGCGAGGUUCUUGAUUACUGUCAAGCGCGCACACCAUUCGGAUAUCGCUCCUGUGACAGCCAGGAUGAGUUCGUGCAGUAGCAGAGCACUGACCAUCCUGUCCACGGUGUUUGGGGCGUGUGGUCUACUGCUGGUGGGUGUGGCUGUGUCUACAGACUACUGGCUGCUGAUGGAGGAGGGCAUCGUGCUACAGCAGAACCAGAGCAUGGAGGUCAAGAUGGCCCUGCACUCUGGCCUCUGGAGGGUCUGCUUCGUGGCUGGGACAGAGAAUGGGAGAUGUGUGGCGUCAGAGUAUUUCACUGAGCCAGAGAUAGAGAUCACCACAGAGAAUACUGCUAAUAUUCUGAAGAUGGUGCGGACGGCCACUCCAUUCCCCAUGGUGUCUCUGCUCUUCGUCUUCACAGCCUUUGUCAUCAGUAACAUCGGACACAUCCGGCCCCAGCGCACCAUCCUGGCCUUCGUCUCUGGGAUCUUCUUCAUCCUCUCAGGCCUGAGUCUGGUGGUGGGGCUGGUGCUCUACAUCUCCAGUAUUAAUGAUGAGGUGAUGAACAGACCGAGGGAGCCUGAACAGUUCUUCAACUACCACUACGGCUGGUCGUUUGCCUUCGCAGCCUCCUCCUUCCUACUCAAGGAGGGUGCUGGGGUGAUGUCAGUCUAUCUGUUUAUGAAGCGUUAUGCUGAGGAGGAGACGUACCGCCCCCACCCAGCCCUCUACCGCCCCCGUCUGUCUGAGUGCAGCGACUACAGCGGCCAGUUCCUCCAACCUGAGACCUGGCCUCCUCCUAAGAGGGGCCGUAGUGACUCCCGGGCCUCCAGCGACAUCUCCAUCCAGAUCAACCAGACCCCCCCGCAGCCCACCAAAAACCCCCUGCAGGGCAACCAAGGUGGGGGCAUGGGGUCCAACAUGGGCCCUGGGUCUGGGUCCUCCUCCGAAGCUAGCUACCAGCUGCCCCCACCAUCUGGGGCCUACAACACCCACACACUCCAACACCAACACUCACACGGUAACUCCCAGGCCAUGGCCAUGCCCCCUUCCACCGGCCCCCCUCACUACCACAUGCACAUGGGCGCCUCCCCCUGUUAGAGAGAGGGAGCACAAGGGACAGGGGUGCACUGAUGGUGGCCUAUGACUCCCAUAGACACACACACAUUUAUGAUGAAAAACAAUAUACAGUAUAUAUAUAGAGAGAGUAAAGCUAUAGGGGGAGAUGGGCGGAGGUGGAGAUGGAGAGAGAUGGAGGGAGGGAGGUGGAGAUGUAGUGAGGUGGAGAUGGAGGUAGGGAGAUGCAGGCAGCUGGAGAUGGAGAUGGACAGAAAAGAGGGAGGGAGGAAGUAAGUGUGAAGGGCAAGAAAGAUGGAGUAAGUGUGAAAAGGGAGAGGGAGAAGGAUUGAGGGUUUAGAGUUAACAUACAUUUGGUAUUACAAGCUGAGAGAUGGGCAGAGAGAGAGAAAAAGAGGGUUUAGGAGAGGUGGAGGAGUUGUCAAGGAUAGAGAGAUGAGAGGGAUGGAGAGAAAGUGACAGAGAAGAAAGUAUGUGAUUUCUUGAAAGACUUUAGAGGUUAGAAUCUGUGACAAAAAGGGCUGAGAGGGAGAGAGAGGGAGAGACAUGGAGAAUGAGAGAGACAGGGAGAGAGGGAGAGAGAGGGAGAAAGGGAGAGACAUGGAGAAUGAGAGAGACAGGGAGAGAGAG